AUGUACAUAGUGAUUUCCGCUACCCAACAGGGAAAGCCUGCACACUGGGCAGUCUUCAUCCCCGACAACGAUUUCAUCGACGGAAAGAAAGGAAAGAUAAUCCACAAUACCGGUAACCCUGCUACUGGCUUCACGCUCGAGUUCAGGCGCGGCGCCGACUAUACCAACACCAGAAAGCGAUACAUGUUCUGCACUCUCGCCCAAGUCCACAGCAACUACAUCCGUGAUGUGCCGGUGACGGCGGAACUUAAUGAAAGCACUGCGCGUGACCCGCUAGAAUCGGUCGCUACGACUGUCCCUAACAUUGGGCGGAGUCCCAAGCCCUUCGACCACACUCACCCUGAAACCAAGAACUGCCAGGACUGGAUCCACAAUUAUAUAGAGGCUUUGAUCGCUGCUGGAUACAUAUCAACUGCAGCUCGAGACGCGCUGGCGAACAUGCCAAAGUUUAUAUGA